CCGCUUGCCUCAUUCCCACCUCCCCCUCCCUCCCUCCCUUUCCACCAUACCCGCCGCCGCUGCUGGGGUACAUAAGGCCGGACAGGGCUGGUGACACUCGCAGAUCCAACAUCAAGAUCUCCCAAAUGGCUCUUGUGAUUCGUGUCCUCCUCGCCGCCGGCUUGUUGGUGGCAGCCGUCAGCGCCGCCCCGCAGCUGACAGCCGCCCACCCGCUGGUGCCCAGCACCCUCGGGCACAGCUUCUCCAAGGCCCAGGACGACGCCAGCACUACCGUGGCCCCAGGGCAGGAGGCGCACGCCACCCAGAACGACGAGGCCACAGACGGGGCCCAGACCGAGCAGCCCCAGCCUGCCAGCCCCAUCUCCUUUAGCCAUGCCACGCGGUUCACCCGCAAUGCCCAGAACGAGGAUGAGAGUGAGGAAGCCCAGACCGAGCAGCCCCAGCCCGCCAGCCCCAUCUCCUUAAGCCACGCCACGCGGUUCACCCGCAACGCCCAGCAAGAUGGAGACACUGAGGGAGCCCAGACCGAGCAGCCCCAGCCCGCUAGCCCCAUCUCCUUAAGCCACGCCACGCGGUUCACCCGCAACGCCCAGAACAAGGAAGAGAGUGAGGAAGCCCAGACCGAGCAGCCCCAACCCGCUAGCCCCAUCUCCUUAAGCCACGCCACGCGGUUCACCCGCAACGCCCAGAACAAGGAAGAGAGUGAGGAAGCCCAGACCGAGCAGCCCCAGCCCGCCAGCCCCAUCUCCUUAAGCCACGCCACGCGGUUCACCCGCAACGCCCAGAACAAGGAAGACACUGAGGGAGCCCAGACCGAGCAGCCCCAGCCCGCCAGCCCCAUCUCCUUAAGCCACGCCACGCGGUUCACCCGCAACGCCCAGAACAAGGAAGAGAGUGAGGAAGCCCAGACCGAGCAGCCCCAGCCCGCCAGCCCCAUCUCCUUAAGCCACGCCACGCGGUUCACCCGCAACGCCCAGAACAAGGAAGACACUGAGGAAGCCCAGACCGAGCAGCCCCAGCCCGCCAGCCCCAUCUCCUUAAGCCACGCCACGCGGUUCACCCGCAACGCCCAGAACAAGGAAGAGAGUGAGGAAGCCCAGACCGAGCAGCCCCAGCCCGCCAGCCCCAUCUCCUUAAGCCACGCCACCCGGUUCACCCGCAACGCCCAGAACAAGGAAGACACUGAGGGAGCCCAGACCGAGCAGCCCCAGCCCGCCAGCCCCAUCUCCUUAAGCCACGCCACGCGGUUCACCCGCAACGCCCAGCACGAGGAAGAGAGUGAGGAAGCCCAGACCGAGCAGCCCCAGCCCGCCAGCCCCAUCUCCUUAAGCCACGCCACGCGGUUCACCCGCAACGCCCAGGACGAGGAAGACGCUGAGGGAGCCCAGACCGAGCAGCCCCAGCCCGCCAGCCCCAUCUCCUUCAGCCACGCCACGCGGUUCACCCGCAACGCCCAGCAAGAUGGAGACACUGAGGGAGCCCAGACCGAGCAGCCCCAGCCCGCCAGCCCCAUCUCCUUAAGCCACGCCACGCGGUUCACCCGCAACGCCCAGAACAAGGAAGACACUGAGGGAGCCCAGACCGAGCAGCCCCAGCCCGCCAGCCCCAUCUCCUUAAGCCACGCCACGCGGUUCACCCGCAACGCCCAGAACAAGGAAGACACUGAGGGAGCCCAGACCGAGCAGCCCCAGCCCGCCAGCCCCAUCUCCUUAAGCCACGCCACGCGGUUCACCCGCAACGCCCAGCACGAGGAAGAGAGUGAGGAAGCCCAGACCGAGCAGCCCCAGCCCGCCAGCCCCAUCUCCUUAAGCCACGCCACGCGGUUCACCCGCAACGCCCAGCACAAGGAAGAGAGUGAGGAAGCCCAGACCGAGCAGCCCCAGCCCGCCAGCCCCAUCUCCUUAAGCCACGCCACGCGGUUCACCCGCAACGCCCAGAACAAGGAAGACACUGAGGGAGCCCAGACCGAGCAGCCCCAGCCCGCCAGCCCCAUCUCCUUAAGCCACGCCACGCGGUUCACCCGCAACGCCCAGCACGAGGAAGAGAGUGAGGAAGCCCAGACCGAGCAGCCCCAGCCCGCCAGCCCCAUCUCCUUAAGCCACGCCACGGUUCACCCCCCCAUCUCCUUCAGCCACGCCACGCGGUUCACCCGCAACGCCCAGCAAAAUGGAGACACUGAGGGAGCCCAGACCGAGCAGCCCCAGCCCGCCAGCCCCAUCUCCUUAAGCCACGCCACGCGGUUCACCCGCAACGCCCAGCAAGAUGGAGACACUGAGGGAGCCCAGACCGAGCAGCCCCAGCCCGCCAGCCCCAUCUCCUUAAGCCACGCCACGCGGUUCACCCGCAACGCCCAGCAAAAUGGAGACACUGAGGGAGCCCAGACCGAGCAGCCCCAGCCCGCCAGCCCCAUCUCUUUCAGCCACGCCACGCGGUUCACCCGCAACGCCCAGCACGAGGAAGACACUGAGGGAGCCCAGACCGAGCAGCCCCAGCCCGCCAGCCCCAUCUCCUUAAGCCACGCCACGCGGUUCACCCGCAACGCCCAGCACGAGGAAGACGCUGAGGGAGCCCAGACCGAGCAGCCCCAGCCCGCCAGCCCCAUCUCCUUCAGCCACGCCACGCGGUUCACCCGCAACGCCCAGAAAGAUGAAGACACUGAGGGAGCCCAGACCGAGCAGCCCCAGCCCGCCAGCCCCAUCUCCUUCAGCCACGCCACGCGGUUCACCCGCAACGCCCAGAAAGAUGAAGACACUGAGGGAGCCCAGACCGAGCAGCCCCAGCCCGCCAGCCCCAUCUCCUUCAGCCACGCCACGCGGUUCACCCGCAACGCCCAGAAAGAUGAAGACGCUGAGGGAGCCCAGACCGAGCAGCCCCAGCCCGCCAGCCCCAUCUCCUUCAGCCACGCCACGCGGUUCACCCGCAACGCCCAGAAAGAUGAAGACACUGAGGGAGCCCAGACCGAGCAGCCCCAGCCCGCCAGCCCCAUCUCCUUCAGCCACGCCACGCGGUUCACCCGCAACGCCCAGCACGAGGAAGACACUGAGGGAGCCCAGACCGAGCAGCCCCAGCCCGCCAGCCCCAUCUCCUUCAGCCACGCCACGCGGUUCACCCGCAACGCCCAGCACGAGGAAGACACUGAGGGAGCCCAGACCGAGCAGCCCCAGCCCGCCAGCCCCAUCUCCUUAAGCCACGCCACGCGGUUCACCCGCAACGCCCAGCACGAGGAAGACGCUGAGGGAGCCCAGACCGAGCAGCCCCAGCCCGCCAGCCCCAUCUCCUUAAGCCACGCCACCCGGUUCACCCGCAACGCCCAGCACGAGGAAGACACUGAGGGAGCCCAGACCGAGCAGCCCCAGCCCGCCAGCCCCAUCUCCUUAAGCCACGCCACGCGGUUCACCCGCAACGCCCAGCAAGAUGGAGACACUGAGGGAGCCCAGACCGAGCAGCCCCAGCCCGCCAGCCCCAUCUCCUUAAGCCACGCCACGCGGUUCACCCGCAACGCCCAGAAAGAUGAAGACACUGAGGGAGCCCAGACCGAGCAGCCCCAGCCCGCCAGCCCCAUCUCCUUCAGCCACGCCACGCGGUUCACCCGCAACGCCCAGCAAAAUGGAGACACUGAGGGAGCCCAGACCGAGCAGCCCCAGCCCGCCAGCCCCAUCUCCUUCAGCCACGCCACGCGGUUCACCCGCAACGCCCAGCACGAGGAAGAGAGUGAGGAAGCCCAGACCGAGCAGCCCCAGCCCGCCAGCCCCAUCUCCUUAAGCCACGCCACGCGGUUCACCCGCAACGCCCAGGACGAGGAAGACGCUGAGGGAGCCCAGACCGAGCAGCCCCAGCCCGCCAGCCCCAUCUCCUUCAGCCACGCCACGCGGUUCACCCGCAACGCCCAGCAAAAUGGAGACACUGAGGGAGCCCAGACCGAGCAGCCCCAGCCCGCCAGCCCCAUCUCCUUAAGCCACGCCACGCGGUUCACCCGCAACGCCCAGAACAAGGAAGAGAGUGAGGAACACAAGGAAGAGAGUGAGGAAGCCCAGACCGAGCAGCCCCAGCCCGCCAGCCCCAUCUCCUUCAGCCACGCCACGCGGUUCACCCGCAACGCCCAGCACGAGGAAAACACUGCGGAAGCCCAGACCGAGCAGCCCCAACCCGCCAGCCCCAUCUCCUUCAGCCACGCCACGCGGUUCACCCGCGGAGCCCAGUACGAGGAAGGGUAUGAUGGCACCUUCAGCGAAGACCCCUCCGCCCCGGCCUUCGGCACGGAUGGGUCUGACAACCAGGACGCCUUCAGCAAUCCUCCCUCCGGCUCAGACCCAGACUUUGGGUCUCACCAGGGCAGCUUCAGCCCCUACGACGCACAGCCCUCAUCCUUCAGCCAGGACUCCCCCUACGACCCCAGCCAGGGACAGUUCUAG